CUUUUGACUGAGAUGAGUCCAAGGUCCUAACUGCCUGUGGUCCUUUGAGAUCCCCUCCCCCGGUUUUUGUAACGUGCUGAUGUCCUGGCCAAAGCCCAGCUCGGGGGAUUCCAGUCUGCCUCUCAGUUCCCCCUGUAUUUUCAAGUAGAUCGGGGCUUAUUCUGCAACUACUGUUGUGUGGUGUUACAGCGGCUGUUAAGCAGCCUGCUGCAUCCCCCCCCAGAGGUGGCUGCAUAUCAGUGGCUGGGGAAGUGGUGGCUGUGGACAGAGUCUAUGGAGCUCUUUGGGAUCCUCCCAGAUGGCAACAUGAGAUAUUAACUUGGGGCUUGGCUUCUUGGGGCUAUUCCCAGCUUUACCACUGACUCGCUGGGUGACCUUGGUGGAGGCACCAGCUCUGUGCCUUAGUUUCCCCACUGCUGACAAGGGCCUGAUGAAUUCCAGGGUUCAUUGUAUGUAGCACAAGGUGCCUUUCCGGGCUGACUGGCUCCUCACCCUUCCCUUGACAGCCCCCGUCGGUGUGGGCGGAUGCCCACCUCCCAGGAGCAGCCAUGCUACAAGAUGCCUUCAUGCUUUGGAACCUCAGCUUCUUCAACGUGGAGAGGACCCUGGCACGCAGGAUGCAGCAGAACGCGCAUUACCCCUUCCAGGUGCAGCAGCCCAAUGUGUUUGUCAUGGAGUAUUACAAGGACACGCUGUGGAAGGGGGCCCUGAUCUUCCUGCUCUGUGUCUUGGGCGGUGUCUUCUAUCUCAAGAGUGAGAAGGUCUCCCAGGAUUACUCCGGCUUCUUCAUCUAUGGGAUCCUGGUCGGCUUCUGGCUCCUUCUCAGCUCCAUGCACAAGCGGCACCUGGUCAUCAACCACGCCCGGGGCUGCUACCAGAUCUACAUCAAGAGGCAGCUAUGGGAGGAGGGGCCUUUGCACCAGAUCUAUGUCCGGCUGACGGCCCAGACAGACGCCUCCGGGAAAUGCUUCUACAGCCUCAUCAUCAAUGGCUACGGGCUGGAGGUGCUGGCCCUGGCCAGCCUGUCUGACAAGUACGAGCACAUGGAGUUCCUGGGCAGGCGGAUCGCGCGCAAGCUGAAACUCAACUACUUUGACUACCUGGAUGUGUCUACGCGCCAUGUGAUCCGCCACAAGCCCCCGCUGGAGCAGGACAAGGACCUGCAGGUUUGAGGGGGGGGGGCUGUGCCCCAGUAAAGCUUGGCCUCCCUCUC